CCUGUUCUGAUGUUGAAAUAUACAGUGUUUGUUUUACUCGCAGUGAUACCGAAGUCAUUGUUCCAGAGAACAAUGUCGUAUGAGGCGUUUUUUGUAUCAGUGCUCAGUUCAGAGAACGCAUUUCCAAUUGAUUUUUCAAAUCUUCGAGUGCUUGGUCGUGAGCGUAUUUUGAAUGGCACUUUUGAUAUUCUCGAGGAUAUUGACAAUGAACAUUAUGAAUUUUAUUUGGAAGCAUACACCAAUGUGGCUCGCGAUGGCAACUAUAAGAAAUUUCCUAUGGCACUUUUACGUGAUGCAGUCUGUGCAGUCUAUGAAAAAUACGGGUUCUAUUUGAGGGACUGCGUCAAAUAUGGCAUUAACACCGAUUUAUAUAUAAACACAACAACUUGCUUAAUUCCCAAAGGAAGAUACUAUUUAAAAAAUGUUACAAUUAACGUUACAAAUUGGCCAGUAAUAAUGAGUCGCGGCCUUUGUCGACACUCUUUCACUUUCUAUAAGGAUAAUGUUGCUGUUGGCACGUAUAAUAUUACCAGCUCCAUUGAAGACCGUGCUGUAAAUUUCAGAAAAUAAACCUUUUUGUACGUAUAUGAAAAGUAGAAAGUUCAUGCUGA